AUGAAAGAAUGCGGACUAAUCCAUGGCAGCACAUGCCAGUUCAGUAUUGAAUUAGGCCAUAUGAGCGCUAAUCGCAAGACAGAGAUACUGAUGUUGGGGUCAUCCUUGAAGAUGGUCCCUGAGGCAGGAGGAGCUCCUUCUGAGGAAGUCCAGAGAGCGCAAGUUACGGAGCGUGCCCAAGAUUCCCCCUCCCGUGAAGCCAGAAAUAGAAGAGAGACUACGGUGGAGACAGACAGCAGCCUUCCAUCCAAAGAAAGGCCGGAUAGUUCCACAAAGGGAACCCAAGAGCAUAUUUCCUUGCUGGAUAAUCCGGCCACGAGAGAGGAUGAUCAACAGAAUGAGGAGGGUGAGGAAUUUGAUCAGCGAAUGCCAGAUAGAGGUAAAAAUGAAGACUUGAAAGAAAACAUCAGGAAUCGAGGCAGGCCUAAAGGGGGAAAAGGCAGCCGUAGGAGCAAGAAGAGAGAUGGCAGUCAGGGUAAUGUAAAUUUUCCAAAGCACAGGAUAGUGAAGGCAAAAGUCUGGCCCAAUCACGUGUGGAGGAGUGCAGCGAAUGGCCCGGCUCUUCCUGCACACGUGUCCCCCCCCCCCGCCUGCAGAUGCGUCUCUGGCGGGGCUUCUGGCUUGGACGCGCCUCUGCGCUCUGCUGACCUGCAGAGAGAAGCCUCUCUUCGUAACCAAGUGACUAAAGGCAAAUCUACACAGUCAGAGGUGACCCAAAGGAAGGGGAAAGAGAUGGCAGAGCAGAACCCAGAAGGACCUGGAACUAGCAAGACACCAGGGGAAGACCCCCGUCCCACCAAAGCUGGGGAUAGUGUUGAAUUCUGGGAAAGCCCAGUGCCUGUUAUCUUUUAUAAGCUCACCGCAAUCUCAGGUGUUCAUUGCCGACGCUUCCAGCAAUUCCGCUUUCAUGAGGCUGAUGGGCCCCGAGAGGUUUGCAGCCAGCUCCAUGGACUUUGCAGCCAGUGGCUGGAGCCGGAGAGGCACACCAAGAGGCAGAUCCUGGACCUGGUGAUCCUGGAGCAGUUCCUGACUCUCCUGCCCCAGGAAAUGCAGUGCUGGGUCAGAGGAUGUGGGCCGGAGACCAGUUCCCAGGCGGUGGCCCUGGCCGAAGGUUUCCUCCUGAGUCAGGCAGAGGAGAAGAGGCAGGCAGAACAGGUGUUGGGGUCAUCCUUGAAGAUGGUCCCUGAGACAGGAGGAGCUCCUUCCGAGGAAGUCCAGAGAGCGCAGGUCAUGGAGCGUGCCCAAGAUUCCCUCUCCUGUGUAACAGGCAGUGAAGAGAUGCUGUUGAGCCGUCGUCUUUCCAGAGGUGUUGAAACGGCUGCAGUCCAGGGUCCCUUUUCCUUUGAGGAGGUGUCCGUCUCUUUCACGGAGGCAGAGUGGGCCCUGCUGGAUCCAGACCAAAGGGCUCUCCACAGGGAAGUCAUGCUGGAGAACUAUGGACAUGUGGCCUUUCUGGAAGCCAGAAAUAGAAGAGAGACUUUGGUGGAGACAGACAGCAGCCUUCCAUCCAAAGAAAGGCCGGAUAGUUCCACAAAGGGAACCCAAGAGCAUAUUUCCUUGCUGGAUAAUCUGGCCAAGACAGAGGAUGAUCAGCAGAAUGAGGAGGUUGAAGAACUUCAUCAGCAAAUGCCAGAUAGAGUUACAAAUGAAGACUUGAAAGAAAACGUCAGGAAUCGAGGCAGGCCUAAGGGAGAAAAAGGCAGCCAUAUGAGUGAGAAGAGAGUUGGAAGACAGUGGAAUGGAAAUUCACCAAAGAACAGAAUAAUUAAGGCAAGUAAAGCCAUUCAGUGUAGAAAGAGCUUCAGAAAGAGAUCACAGCUCCUUGUGCAUGAAAGAAUACACCGAGGCGGAAAACCUUUUGAAUGCUCAGAGUGUGGAAGAAGAUUCAGUCACAGAGGCAAUCUUCAAGCACACCAAAGAACCCACACAGGGGAGAAACCUUUUGAAUGCUCAGUCUGUGGAAAGAGAUUCACUCAGAGAGGCAGUCUUCAGACGCACCAAAGAACCCACACAGGGGAGAGACCUUUUGAAUGCUCAGUGUGCAGAAAGAAAUUCAGUACUCAUCAAAGUCUUCAGUUGCACCAGAGAACCCACACAAGGGAGAAACCAUUUGAAUGCUCAGAGUGCGGAAGGAGAUUCAGUCAGAAAGGCAAUCUUCAGAAGCACCAAAGAACCCACACAGAGGAGCAACCUUUUGCAUGCUCAGAAUGUGGAAAGAGAUUCAGUCAGAGUGUCUACCUUCGACGGCAUCAAACAGCUCACACAGGGGAGAAGCCUUUUGAAUGCUCAGUGUGUGGAAAGAGAUUCAGUCAGAGUCGCUAUCUUCGACGGCAUCAAAUAACUCACACAGGGGAGAAGCCUUUUGAAUGCUCAGAGUGUGGAAAGAGAUUCAGUUGGAAGGGCCAUCUUCAAUUGCAUCAAAGAUCUCACACAGGGGAGAAGCCUUUUAAAUGCUUAGUGUGUGGAAAGAGAUUCGGUAUCAGGAGGUCUCUUCAACUGCAUGAAAGAACCCACACAGGGGAGAAACCUUUUGAAUGCUCAGAGUGUGGAAAGAGAUUCAGUCAGUGGGGCAGUCUUCAGGUGCAUCUAAGAACCCACACAAAGGAGAAACCUUUUGCAUGCUCAGAGUGUGGAAAGAGAUUCAGUCAGUGGAGCAAUCUUCAGCUGCACCAAAGAACCCACACGGGGGAGCAACCUUUUGCAUGCUCAGAAUGUGGAAAGAGAUUCAGUCAGAGUAGCCAUGUUCGGCGGCACCAAAGAACACACGUGAGGUAAAACCCUAUGAAUAUUUAGUGUGUGGAAAGAGACUCAGGUUCAGUGCCCAUAUUCAGUAUCAUCAGAAAACCCACAAGGUAGCUCAACAGGACCUAAGAACCUCCGUGGGAGAAAUAUUUUGAGUGCUCAGAGUGUGGAAAGGAGUUACAUGAGCAGCCUUCAGUGGGGUUAGAGAACCUACAGUCAAUCAUGCGAUUUGCAAAAGAAUGAGUCAAGUAGUUACAAUUCUACUUGCAUUCAUGAUGCAAGUUCAUAUGCAUUCAUGAUGCGAGUUCUUGAGAGUGAUAACAAUAUGAAAGAGAUACAAUACUUUUAAAGAAUACUUCAAAGGACAUUCAGGGGAGGGGCAUGGGGUUGCUAGCCAGCAAAUAAACUAUCAUAAAUGUC